AUGCAGGCCCCCACGCCUGAGAGCCCGGCCUCUAAAAGAAAAACAAGGCCAGGGAGUUCCAUUCCUCUGCUGAGAGAUAAAGCUCCAACUACCCCAUAUAAACUCAGAGAGGGGUCCAAAUUGCCUUCAAGGUAUCGAGACGAAGAGCCAUUACCAGUAAUAAAACUCAGAAGUCCUAAUAAAAAAAGUCCGCAGAAGAUCUCAAAUGUAGUAGCUCGCGCCUCACCGGCCAGAAGGGCACUUGGAAAGGUUGAUGCUGUUCCGGGAAGCUCGAACAGUAUCACUGCAUCUGAACCUAGAAAGUUUCCAUUUCCCUCUUCUUCAACUUAUCGUGAUCCAGCCUUCUUGAAUCAGUCGGGAUCUAAUAAUGAGAUUGGUUCGACUUCAAACGAAGUUGAUUCUUUUUCUAGUCCAGGCGGUCCAGACAAGCGUUUGAGUUUGAGCCGACCUGGCGCCGAAACCGAUGUCGGUCGUAUUGGUUUACUCAGACUGCAACACCUUCUUUCUUUAUCGAAGGCUCGACGUUGGACAAUCUGCGAAUUUUUCUACUCCGCAGUAGACGAACAGUUAUUCUUAGCGGAUAAUGAGUUUCAACAAGUCUUACAAGAAUCUUUUCCAAAUUUGAAAACUAUGAUGUUGAAUAAGCAGCAAUGGAGAACCAUUCGACGAUUGCUAGGUAAACCUAGGAGGUGCUCACCUCAGUUCUUCAAUGAAGAACGAGCAUCACUAGAAUCCAAAAGAAGUAAAAUUCGCUCAAUCUAUGAAGCCACAUUUUUUUCGAAUCCCAACGCGGAUUAUUCUGACUUGCCUCUAAAACUUCCACGUCCAUUAGUUGUAGGAAUGAGGGUUUAUGCAAGGAUACACUCACCUAAAGACGGCAUUUAUGGCGGAACUAUAGAUGCAGUUUUGAAAAAUGGUUAUCGUGUUAUAUUCGAGAAGGAGGAUCUUAUUCCCCCACUCGAAGUACCUGAUAGUCAGGUUAUGCUUGAUGGAAGGCUAGAGCUUGUGCAAUUGAACUACUUCAUCGAGCAAUGUACAGCAAAAAUGUCGUUCUCUGCCGGAAGGCUAUCUUUCCCACCAAUUUCCAAUCCCGACAGGAGGCAGGAUAUUGUUGCACUAGCUCACAGUAAGAUGCAAAGGAAACCCACACUCCCCGGAAGCGACAAAGUUGGGAACUUCCCUGUCAGGAUGUUGGUGAUCCUAGUGAAGUUGUCCAAAUUGAUCGAGCUGAAAAAGAAGUAUAUUAGGCAGUUGUGUGAAUUGAAUAAUGAAGCCGAGAGAGCAAAUCUCUUAACAGAUGUGUAUCAUCCCACUUUUCAAGAAAAGUAUGCUCAAGUUGUGAUUGACUUAGAAUCAAUCAAUAAACAAAUAAGCAUGUAUCUUCAGGGUAUUCAAGAGUAUAACACCCAGCUUAUCCCGCAAUUGAGCGAAGUGAAUUUGGCUAAUCGCCCAGAUAGUCUAAGACGAAUUACUACUACUCAUGCUCAGCAAAUAGUUAAACACUGUAAUCAAGGCCUUAAUGUUCAGAAUGCGCGAGCUAUCAGCCUCAUAACUUCACUUACUUCGUUACUACUCCAAAUUAGAACACUUGGACAACAAAAACUAACACCACUAGAUAUGCAGACAUUGGCCGAAUCAAUCAAAGAAAUACGUGGAAUGGUAUCUCCGAAAAAUGCUGCUUGGUUUCAAGAUCAUGUUGAAGUCCACAUGAAGCAAAUUCAUAACAUGAUGCUCCAAUGUGGUGCACUUUCAAGCCGGUAA